AUGGCUCCGCAGAUGAGAUACGCUUUAUUUCCCGAGCCCCAGACCCCGCACCCUUACCCACCCCGCACCCUCGCACUCGCUGGGCAGCGCGACUUCACCGCCGAGGGGCGGGGCGGGGCGUCGGCGCGCUAUUGUCAUGGAGACGGGAAGCCCGUGGUGGCUGCGGCGGGCACGGCCGGGCGCAGGCGGCUGCCAGUCGGCCGAGUGGGCGAGGCCGCGCGGCCCGGACGGCCCGAGCGGGAGGGAGCGCGCCGCCGGCCGGUGGCGGCUGUCUCCCGGCUCGGCCCAGGCCCGGCGGGCGCGGGCAGCGCCCCAAGCGUGUCCUCCCUGCUCCUUCCUCCCGCCUCUCGCGGCCCCUCAGCCCGCAGCGCCCGCCCUCGGCUCCGCCCGCCGCCGCCGCCGCCGGCGCAGCCCCUCGCGGUAACGGUCGGUAGCGGCCCGCGCGCGCCGCCCGCCGGGAGCUCGCGCCAGCCACGAGGGAGCGUCCGCGGCCCGCGGCCCGCGCGGCGGAGGAGAGCUAAGUUCACUUCUGGACUCUGGGGUUCCUCCAGAUGUUGGCUGAAAUUUGUCCUUGCACCUCCCCAGGCUCCUCCACAAAACCUACAGUUCAUAAUGGAGCUACUGUACUGGCUGUGGAAGGAGGAGAUUCUGAAGAUAGGGAGAUUCAGCUAUCGGUCUUUGAAAUUUCCUGUGGUCUGUUCAUUCUAGAUGCAAAGGACAUGGAAAAAUCAAGUGCUCAAGUGGUUUAAAUAUGUUUGGAUGUUCCUAUUUAUAGACUACAGCAUUUUUCCAAUUAAAAUCCUCAGUUGUCAUGCAGAAGAAGGUUAUGUUUUUCUUGAUCACCACUUUUAUUUGAAAUGCUUAGUAUUGUAGAGUAUCACCAUUUUCUGUUUUAGUCAAAAGUAUAGAAAAAAUUAAAUCAAUUUUAUAUAUUGAAUUUU